CGAAGUUAUUCCGACAGCGUUAAUCUUUUGCCGUGCAUGCAUACUUGAAGUUAAAUUUUACUAAAUAUAACAAAUAAUAAAGCUAUUUUAUUGCAAAAACAUAAUAAAAUUGUAUCCACGAAACAUUAUUUUUCUUCUAGUAUUGAAAAUAAAUACCAAAAGCUGUUUAUUUGCUAGGAUCUUCAGGAAAUAUUACAAAACAUUUGUGAAACACGGUGGUUUCCGAUCGUGCCCAAUAGAUCUUUCGAGCGAUGAUAUCGCGGGAAACUCGCUGUUCAGAAAAACGUUCGUUGCACGUUCAGCUGUGUUUCGGGGGAAGAAUGGCGUCCGCUCGACAAAAAGUUUACAACUACGGAAGCGUGUUUAUUUCGUUAGAAAAUUGCAUAAUCCCGGCGGACAAACUCGAGAAGACACCCUCAGCUUUGGAUGGAUUGCCUAGCGAACUCGAAACGGACCUACGAAUCGUUGGCUGCGAGUAUAUUCAAACUGCAGGCAUCCUCCUGAAACUACCGCAGGUAAAAAGCGAAUUGUUUCACAAAUUUCUCCCUAUUUGGGGUUGAAUACACAGGCAUUUUGACCAGAUUUGUAGGCCUUCGAUACAUUGAAGUCUUUACCGCUUUUAAGUCGAGAUUUUUAGUGCUUUUCGAAACUUGUUUUGAAGCGAUUUUGCGGUUCGAAAUGCUUGUGUAUUUUCGCUUCCCCAAAGAAACUUACGAAAAUUUUUCGGUCCUAAUCUUUUCCUGUUGAAAUUCAGGUGGCAAUGGCGACAGGCCAAGUUCUCUUUCAGCGAUUUUAUUUCUCGAAAUCUUUCAUUCGCCACGAUGUUGAGGUAUGGUACUUAAAUAUUUGUUUCAUAUGUACAGAAAUAUAUUUCAAUUUGUCAAUCUUAAAAUGUGCUCUGUAUUGAAUUGUGGCGCCUUUGUCUUUGUGCAUUUUUGUACUAUAAACUAAAGACUCUUGUCAUUCAUAUAAAUGCGUAUUAUUGAGGUUGAAAAGGGUGUACCUUCAUAAACUGCUUUAAUGUCAAGUAUUGAAAAAAAACCUGGGAAUUUUACAAAUUACUAUUACAGGAUAAUCCUCAGAUAUUAACUUUUCAUGAAAGGAUUUUGCACUCACUUAAUUUUUCCAGAGUACAUUGAAUCCCAGUGUGGAAAAUCUGUAUCGCACAACCGAGAUAUCGGUUUUGCAAUUUUGAUACUUUUUAUAUAUUUACUAUUAAAUUUUUUAAAUCUCGGGGCUGCAAUUUCCAAACUUUCCAGCUGUCAGGCGUUGAGUGUAAACUUUGCUACAAAGAUACACUAAAAUUUACCAUAAAUACAUAGUUAUUUUUUCAAACUAUACUGAAGACCUACAUAAAAUGCAUACUGGAAAUUACUAAACCAAAAACAUAAAAAAAUGUCAUUAACCCAUCGAGUGCCAGCACUCUCGCCUUGACGAGUAAAAUCAUCUGGCAUUAGACAGAGUAAAAUAAUAAAGUUGGAUGCAUUAGGGCACCAUGCGACUUAUUGGGUUAAAAACUGAAUUACAUGCCAUCAAAAACACAUGAUCAGAAAGUUCAGCCUUUGCACAAAUUUUGUUUAAUGACAGCAAGUUAAGAUCUCGCAUGUAAUUUGAACCUAGUACUAUCUCAUCUGAACCCCAAGUCCCAUUCUGAAACAUCUGUACAAUCUGACACAAAUCCCCUAAUUCUGUUUCUGUUGUUCUAUUCCACUUCCAAAUUAUAAAUGUUUUGCUGUGUCAUGCAAAAACAUUAAAAAUACCUUCAAUAAUUCCAUUGUGCAUAUUUAACACAGCCUAGAUGCUGUAACAUUACUCCAUCUAUUACAUCUGUACUCCUUAUCGUAGUUCAUUGUCAUCCAGACAAUAUUCUUCUGCCAAUUUUCACAGGUGUACGCUAUGGCAAGCCUUUUUCUUGCUGCCAAAAUCGAGGAAUCUCCUCGAAGAAUACGAGACGUCACCAAUGUUUUUCACCAUAUCAAACAACGCAGAAAUCAGAAGUAAGUAUUACUCUCAUUUUGGGGAUGGGAUGUGGAAUUUGAAGAGAAAAAAAUAUUAAAAAUCUCAAAUGUUGUGCAUUCUUUGCUGUCGUAACGUAUGGAAUAAAGUAGUUUAUGAUUAAACAAUUGGCGCAUGUUAUUUCGGUGAGUAAGCAUUAGCCAGCUCCCCAAAUUUAUCUCACAAUAUAGUAACACUCAUUGGUAAUUUGAAAAGGUGAAUUUUCGUCUAUCUAAAGUUAUCCUUUAUGCUCCCAACUCUUUAGUGUUCAUUCUCUGCUAUCUCUUUACCAGACUUUUCAAUACCUAUUCCUUGACUUUUCUGAUAAACCUUUACGAAACAGGCAGGCGGUUCAAAACAAUGUGCAACUUGCACAUUGUUUUGUCAUAGUAAAAAUUGCAAAUCAUAUUUCCAAACAAUGUACAAACUUUUUCUGCAACAACUCGACAACUUUGGGUCAAAAAUUUGAUUUGCAUUUGUACUUUAAUAAUAUGUUUUUGUAAUAAAAGAAUGUGGGUGAAAUGUGACUGAAAUCUUUUGAAAUAUUCACACGAAAUUCACAACGAAAUGGUUGCCAUUUUGUCAAUGUUUUGACUUUGCAAAAUUUAAAUUUCCUUGAAAUUUUCACAAAGAAAUUUGCAAAUUGAUUUUUCCUCACCAAUUUAAAACUCUGCAAAUAUGCCUCUUAGCCUCUAUCGCAUAUAAGUUCAACUCCCUAAACAGUAACAGUAUAAAUGGAAUCCUGCUGUGCAAACUUACAACAGAAAGAUUUAAAUAAUGCAUGGAGCGGUGCAGCAUAUACAAGAAGGAGCAAAGUUUGGAUGAUUAAUCUAACAACUGCGGCAUUCAACAGUGCUUUGUAAACAGUGUAACAGAAGUUUCAAAAGUAUACAGAAGUUUGAUUUGCCUGAAAAGGUCAAUGUAUUAUUGCCCAUACAGUAGCUAUGUACCAAUCGUUUUUCACAUCAGCACCUAGAAAGCUAGAAUACCUGUCUGACGUGCAUCUCUUUCUAUUUUAAAAUCAAAGACAGUCACAAUAUGCCAAACUCCGUCCUGUUGUUGACAUUUUCAAAACACAACUGGCAACUGGGAUUGGAUGAUUGGUUCAAGUGGAAUGGUCAGUAUAACAAUUUUAUGAUUCAGUAUUGUACAACUAUUGGUGUGAUGGUUUUGGUAAGCAUGUGUCAUGAUGGUAUUUUAAUUUGCCAACAGGGUUAUGUCACAUUUUGACAUCAGAAACAAACUUUCAUAAAUUGUCAUAACACAAUGAAAAUUAAGGUGAAGCCUAAAGCUGUCAAAUGGCUAGCCAUAGCUAAUCAUGCAAUAAUUUUAAAAAGAAGACGUAUUAAAUUAGUGUGUGGGUAGCUAUGGGUUUAAAGCUGGGCCUUUAUUUUCAUCAGAGGUUUAGAAGUUUGACUUGUAAUUAAACCUAUUGAUAUAAUCUCAGUAUAAUAAUAAUUGAUAUAAUCUCAGUAUACAGCAUUUACAUUCAAAGAAUACGUCAAAUACCUUUUAUGAUUUGCUUUAAUUAAAGCAAAUUCUCAAAAAGGGCUUAUUAAUCUGACCAAUGAUCAAAAUCAAGCUUCUGCACAAUUUGCUCAUGAGCAGAUGCUGAAAAUAACUAGUGAGAAGGAAGAACUCAGAUGAUGUACAAAUGCACAUAUUCAAAUGGCUCAUGAGAAACUCCGAAGAUGUUCAAAGGCUUACAAAAGAUGCUGAAAUGGCCCAUGACCAGCUAGGUCAUUUGGCUCAUGAACACAAGGCCAAAUGGCUCGCAGGUAGAAGCACAAUUGACACAUGGACAUGCAAAAAUGGCUCAUGAGAACAUGAGCAAGUUCCUAAAUACUCAUUUUAGACAAUGCUGGAUCACCUUGAGUUUCUUUAUGAAAACGUUUCUCACUUCAAACAAAUUGCUGUUUUUGCAUGUAACCAAAGAACAUCAGCAAUAUAAUACACAGAAAGAGUUUGCUUAUUCUGCACAAGCGAAUAGAUUAAAGUGUCAACAUUUGUCUGGAAAAUGAGUGGCCACAAAGUAUCCAAAAGGAAAGUUUUUUUUGGUGUGAUAUGAAGCUGGGAAUGAAGGUGGAUUGUGAAGACUUGGCGGACUACAACAAAUAGAUGUAGAGCUGCUCCCAUCGGUUCGUUUUCAUAAUCGAUUAAUCGUUGUCAACA